ACCUACGACCCCAUGGUGCAUGGGAUGAGGCUCAACCAACUGAGCCACACCAGCCAGGGCUGUAUAAAAUAUUUUUUAAAGUAUAAAGUACAAUAUAAGUAUAAAACAUGGCAAAUGAAUUCAAGUAGACAAUCCAAACAUUUGGCAAUAUAAGGAAUGCAAGAACUAGGAUAAUGGAUAGAGAGAAUGGCAAAUAGCUGCCCAGACUUGGUAGUGGUUGUAAGUAAUAUAGACUCAUCUUAGGCAACUCUUUUUGUCCCCUGACUUAAACCAGCCCUUGAUUCUUUUAUCCUAUAGAGUAGACCAUAAACUCCAAGCUUUAGAAGCACAGUUUAAAGAACUGGACUUCACCAAGGAUAAUCUCACACAGAAAUUUGAACAUCAUAGCAAGAUGUUGGCAAGCCAGGCAGCCCAAGAUGAGCUGUGGACAGCAGUUUUGUCACUCAAGUUCACUUCAAUAGAAUUAAAUAUUAUAUACAGCUACGUCAUUGAAGUUCUCAUCUGCUUGCACACUCGUGUGCUUGAGAAGCUGCCAGACUUGGUGAGAGGUCUUCCCACCUUAGCCUCUGUCCUUAGAAGAAAAGUCAAGAGCAAGCACAUUAGAGUUGUAUGGGAAUCUGUCCUGGAGGAGUGUGGGCUGCAAGAAGGAGAUGUCACAGCGCUUUGUACCUUCUUUAUUGCGCAUGGUAACAAGGCAGAACACUACAGUGCCAAAGUAAGACAGUUGUACAUCAGGGAUGUCCCUUUCAUGAUCACAAACAUGGUAAAGAACCAGGCUCUGCAGAAUGGUUUGCUGAGGGCUGUUCAGCUCAUAGAGAAAGGGAAAGCAGUGACAGCUCCUGAAGAGCAAAAGACAUCUCUAAGAGAGUUGAUGCCAAGAGUCAAAAACUAACCUGUUACCUUAUGACCUAGCGAUUUCACUUCCAGUAAUUUAUCUUGCAAAUGGGAAGAUAAAUCUUCCCAUUAUCUUAUAAAAUGUAUAGAUAAUUUGUUAUGGACUUAUUUUUAUAGCAAAAGUUGGGGGAGUAUUAGAGAAACUAUGAUAAAUUGGUACAAUGGAUAUUUCUGUGAAGCCAUAUAAAAGAAUGAAUAAGCUCUUUGUGUUAUUGUAUAAUGAUAUGGAGUUAUCACUAAGAUGUGAUGUUUUAAAAUAUUUAUUUCCAAUAUGUAUUGUUAAGUGGAAAAAGGGACAAACACAAAUACAUAUAUAUACACAUAUAUAAGCUAAUAUAUCCAUAAACUUUAUAAACUUCUUCUGAAGAGAUACAUAAGAACGUGAGAACAUUGGUUGUCUUAGGGAAGAAAACCAAGAGUCUAGGAGGUCAAAGGUAGGAGGAAGUCUUUUUACUAUUAAUCCAUAUGUACAUUUUGAAUUUUGAACCAUGUGAAAGUAUUUCUAUUAAAAGACAAAACAAUAAAAAAUGCCUAACAUA